AUGACAGCUGACUUCGCGUUUAUUGGACGUAAGCGAGCUUGACUACAAUCUUAUUUUAAGAUUUAAUUAGUGUUAUUUCUGGGACUCCUAUUCCACGUGGCUCUCUCACAGGAUCCUAUUCCGUGCCAGCGUAAGUGGCAAAAUGUGGUUUCGCAAUUUAAGUGAUCUGAGUGUAUAUUUGUUAUUGAUUAAAUACGAUGUUUGCACAUCUUAGCUCCCUUCCUGGUUGCAUUGCGUGGAUCCUGUUAUGACUGCGCAUACUGUGUGUGCCUACCGAGAAAUUGUCUGCCUCUUGAUCACAUCGUGGUAAAUGAGGCCUCAUCUACCACGAUUUAGUAGCAAUUCCAUAGCCAGGUGACGGCGCCUCGCUGUGGAAAAGUCGCCAUACAAUGAGCGAUUUAUAGCGGAUUUUGUCCAUGUGGUCGCUAUGGAAACAAUGGCGAAAGGUCGCGAUACGGCGCUAUGCAGCUGCGGGACGCCUUUCCUUUGCGACCUUUCCGUUUUAGCACCUACGAAUGCUCGUUUACGCACUUCCCGUCCGAAUUAUUAAUAAACGAACCAAGUUAUCCCCCUACCCCCGAUAAAGUUGAAUGAAGGCGUUUCGACGAAGUAAAAAUGAGGAUUGAUUAUUAAAAUUACAAAUUACAAAAUAUAAAAAUUACAAAUAUUAUCGGCAUUUCUCCUCACUUGCCGUUCCCACAGUACAUGGAAAUGGCAAAUACGUUACUGACAUAUGGCUUCAUGAUACGACCUAGAAUGGGCCGCAGUUCAGCCUUCGUCUUGCGGUACAGAUGCAAACCAUCUAUAGCUAGAUUCACAACUAUCUCUUCAUUGUCUGCGACUACGGAUUCACUAUCAACUAACCUGCGUAGUUGCUUCUACAGCCCAACAUGAACGUACUUUCCACAACCCAUGUGGACUACUUGCAAGUUAUACGAUGCCCCCAAAAGUUUGCGAGGAUCUUCGGCAAUUGAGGGACUGCCAUCCGCACUAUAUCUAACAGACUUCGUAAAUGUCUGUGCGAAAUAUGGCAUUGCAAAGCCCAAUCACGCAGUGUUGUCCUUAUGCGUUCACUUAGUGACACGUUAUCAUUAUGGAUGACAGUGUCCGCCCAAGCAAUACCGUCUGCAGAUAGCAAGUCACCUAACAAUAACGUUGGUGGGCUAGGGCUACCACUUUCAAAGUCCACUGAGUCACCAGCGGACGACUCCCGGUCUUAAGAACGUUUGCUACCGCCAAAGAGCAGAUCCACUUCUGCAUCUAUUUAUCAUGACAUUUUCUCGAUUCUCUUCUUCACAUGCCGCCUAAUAGUGCGUUUACAUUCGUGCCUAAACAUUUCAAACAUAAAAACAGAUGGGUUAAUGAAUAAAAUAAGGGUAUAACAGGUUGAAGCAGAGAGCAGUUGAUAGCACACGCCGCACGCGAUACGCAAGCAAUAAUGGCGGCGAGCAUGCGGCGUUGGAGCACUGAUAGCUCAAUCGCGCCAGCCAAUGUCCGUGAGAAAUCGAUAAACUCGUUGACCAAUCAGGUUACGAGAUAGCCCAAUCGGGAGAUUUCUGCUAUAAAAGUGCAUCGGGUGGCUAUUCAAUGCUACUAGGGGGUGUAGUAGGCCUACUACCGGUGCACCGUAAAAUUAGAAGUGCGGUCUUGUUCGAACGCAAGAAAGUCUUCAUAUACAUUCCUUGAAGUUGUCGCCGGAUAAACUUCAGUUUCCUUAUAUACUUCAACGACUGAGUUGUUGUGUCGAGAUCACCAGUAGAGCGUAUUGCCCUCAUGUGCGGCGCAUCUGCUUUGUUCGGCUCUGUUAAGUUGUCAGAGUCCUGGGAGAUUUAUCGGGCACCGUGUUCGAUGACAUCUCUGUUUAUCUCGUCUCAUUGUCAGAAGAGGUCUAUGUAUCCGACGACAAAUUGUUAGAGGACAAACCGCCCGAUGUAUAUGACGAUGCGUCGGACGGGUAUCUUUCCUUUAUAUCUUCGGUUUACCAUUUCAUUGACCUAUCGGUCAAUACGUUUCCAAUGUGUUCGGUUUUAUAUCGGCCUUGACGUGCUACAGAAAGGAUACAGAACAGUUAGUAGUAGGGGAAAAGAGAAGGGGUCAUGUCGAGGCUUUGAUAACGUGCGUGCAACGGCGUUGCAGAGCAGGAAAUUCCGUCUGACAGUGUGUACGCAAAAGCAAGAAAGUCAUCCGAUCUGUUAGCUUAUCAGUGUGUGCGCAGUCGAACGCCGCAUACGUGGCGUGGGUUCAAGAUGAACGUCCAACCGGUCAAAACGCAGCCUAGACUGGAACGCGAGAUUAAAACUCGAUUCGCAGCGCUUUGUUUAUAAGGUCACAUUGUUCGGAUUUGUAAUAUGCACUGAAAUCUUUAACAUGCAUCACGAAUGCCGUGGCUGUUGCCUCACAGAUAACGAAUGCUGCAUGAACUGCAGCAGAGGACUGCAAACAAUUGCAUUGAGACCCAUUUUCCUGUAGCCACCUAAUUUUAUCAAAAGUCGGCCUGCACAGUGUUCAGCAUAUUUUUGCCAUUUUAUAUCGCUUCUGAGAAAACGGCCCUUAAUCGGGGCUGGACAGUCAUAACCGGAAUAGGCCACAAUUCCAUUCUCGUCUGCUGAAACACUGGCGGACCAUUGAUAAUUAGACUAACUACAACCACAUCCCCGCCUAACUCAGCCCUGUGCUUAUAUAGGAAUCUUUUCAUUUGAUUUCUCAAUAAUAUGUAGGUAUGAUUUCCUCUACCCGCAGACACAAUUUGUAAGCAGUACGCUGUCCCAAGAAGUGUGCGCUGAUCGGUGGUCAUGUCGGCUAUGUCUGUUACAAUCUAGGUUGUGUAAGUCGGCAUGGGCUACAAUAGAUUGCAUAACUUAUUCCUUAAACCUCUUCGGCAUGGAAGACUGCGAAGACAGUCGAUAAAGCAGCAGCACACAGAUCAGUUAUGAGUUUCAACCGAUUAACCGAAAAGAGCAUGCUUCCAUGUGCGUAUGGACCCUAUUGCUGUGAACGUUUCCUUUCCCACAGUGAAAUAAUGUCAAUAAUCUGUAGGUAGACUGCGCAAAAUGGAUGCUACUGGUUUGUUAUUCUGUUCUCGUUUGGCAGCACUUGUGACGUCAGAAGCGUGGGUUUCAACAACCACUGGGCUAUCACAUCAGACGUUAGUGAUUAUGGCCUUCGAAAGUUCUUCCUUAAGAGCUUCAAAUGCCUCCAUAACCGCCAUUGGUAGAGGUAAAGUUUAAAUGCAACCGAGCAGAUCAAUUUUACCCGAAAAAUGAGGUAUUCGUAGUGUUGCCCUUGGGCACUCCAUAACCAAGACCAUUGAUUUAAUUAUCAGAAACCACACUUGUCUUCAUUUAAGGCUAAUCCCUUUUUUCGGGGCCACUUGAAAGAAUAAAGAGCUUGUGCUCCUUGAGGACAUUCCUAUAAGUGGUGAUUUUGUCCACCUAAGCUAGAACGCCCCUUUGGUGCCCGCGCGUAAUUGUCGCCAGUGUUUUGUUGAAAACAUGAAACUCCGUUGGUUACGUCAAACGAGAUUCGGUGAACCUAACACAGACGUCCACAAAUUGCAAGGGCUAUGAAUGACCUUUCCUCUGCCCAGACAGGUACCCAGUGGUCGGGUCAAGUGCUGUACGUGCCAUAGUCUGCAACACUUUCAAUCAUUUUCUCCAUCCUAAGCAAAGGAUAUGCAUCAAGGCCGAAAAUCCCCCCUUUUGCGUCUAAAAGAUCCAUACAGGCUACUUCGCAAUCCCUAUUCUCGAAGAAUUGCUUGAAAUUGGUUUUUCUUUAAAAUUUUACAAGCCAGGACAAUCAAUUGCUUUUCCUGCAAUUCCUCGAACGACCCUUCUUGUCUGGAUGUAUUUCCCAAGAAGGAAGUUGCCUCUCGGAAGAUAAAAACGAUCGAGUGCGUUGA